AUGGAUAACUUAAAUAGCAUAAAAUACAUAACUAAAGAACUACGAAAAGAUUCUAAUACUUUGAAGAAUCGUCUACAGUCAAUAAUAUAUGAUUAUCAUUUUACUCGGAAUAUCUGGGAUUUAUAUAAUCUUCCCUUAAUUCCCAAUGAAAGAUGUGGAUUAUGGUAUUUACCUGAAGAAGAGUACAAUACAACUAGUUAUUUCAAAUCAACCGAUGGUCACACCAAUGAAUGGAAAUUUCUGUUUCGAAGAUUGAAUUUACAUUUACUUCCCAUAAUUGAAGAGAACUUUGGUGUCAUUAUUGUGGAUUCCACGAGAAAGGGGAAAAUAAUGCCAGAUGCUUUAACUAAAACCAUACCUAUUUGGUGUGCGGUCCUUAAUUACAUCAAGUUUGAAGGUGAAGUGAUUGAUUCCGAUAUGGAAGUGUUAUUGGAAGAUCAUUGGGUAAAGGUUCCUUCCAUAAUUCCUGAGAGUGAAAAGUUUGAAAUUAUCAAGAAGAUUCCUGGAUUUGUAGAUGAGGUAAAACGAUUGAAUUUAUUUACAAAAGAAUCAUUGGGCUUUUCAAAGCCUUUGAUACCUUACUGGGUAUAUCCUGGUAAAACAACGAUUCCAGAACACACCAACCAUCGUCAAAUUAUAUGUCUUACUACUUCAAGUUCGAAGUUGAGUACCGUCACUUUGAGAGAUGAUGAUGAGAUAGUAAGUUGGCCAUAUAUUCAAGGAGCUGCAGAUGAUCAUGAACUUUGGGUGACUCCGGACAUUUGUGAUGGCAAGCUUGAUGCCAAAAUGUUUUGGAAAUUUUUACCGUCAGUGAUUGACAAUACAUUCAUAUCCAUCAGUAAUGAACAAUUGAUUUCUCAAUUGAAUAAUCUUUAUGAAACCAACAAGACAACUCAGAUUUCCAAAAUAGAAUUAAUUCCCAUCAAAAAUACAGGAAUUUAUUUUGGAAUGAUUGAAAGUGACAUGAAAUUCAACUUAGAUGUUGAUAUCGAUAAUCUUGUUCUUUUGAGUACUAAAACCAUUUCUGAUAUUCCCAAACCAAUUUCCCUUCAUCAUUACAAAAUUGAACUGAACAAAAAAGGUUCAAAGCAAUUAAGAGAGAUCAUACCGAAAUUAAUACCCCUAUUAAAUACCAAGACAGCGAUUUUGUGUGAUACAGGUAAAGAUUUGAGCGUAGCCAUAGUUCUUAUCUUAUUAUGUCAAAACUUCACCAUCGAAAUGCAACCAAUUGAAAACCAAAAACCCAACAAGGAUUUAAUUAAACAAUUUCUAAACGAAAUCAAUCAUAUCAAACCAGUCAACCCCAGUAGAAAUACCUUACAAAGUGUAAAUAGUUACUUGAUGUAA